GUCUUUGUCGUUCCUCUUCACUCGUCUGCCUUCCUUCGCUUUGAGUGGUCGAUUUUUUCGUAGCGCUCUCACCAGUUUUAGGAAAUUUUGCCAAAUUUUUUUAAAAUUAUUUUACACACCUGAUACACACCCCCAGUGUUGUGUCGGCUGCUUCCCCUGCAUUUUGAUAAAGCUUUUGACGAACUAAACCAGCAUUACAAUGAGUGACGACGACUGGGAUGAAGGGACCGUGUCUUCCGGCGUUCAAAAUAUGAAUCUAGGAGGGGGUGGCGGCGAUGGUUGGGGGUCCGAGUCGACGGGAGAUAAUAAUGGAGGCGGCCGAAUAGGUGGCCGUGGAGGCGGAAGAGGAAGAGGAGGAGGAGGUCGCGGUGGUGGUGGCGGUGGAGACCGAGACCGCACUGGGGAAUGGGAAUGCGCUUGUGGUGCAAGCAACUUUGCAAGCAGGCGUAGCUGUUAUAAGUGUCAGGAUCCGAAACCCGGUGGUGACGGAGGUGAUGCUGCUGCAAGCGACGAAUGGUCUUGCGCAUGUGGAGCUAGCAAUUUCGCCAGCCGGCGUAGUUGCUAUAAGUGUAAGGAGGCAAAACCCGGCUGCAGUGACGGCGGAGACAAUCACAAUCAACGCGAAGGGGACUGGAUGUGUGUUUGUGGAGCAAAUAACUUUGCCAACAGGCGACAAUGUUACAAGUGCAGCGAAGCCAAACCCGGUGGUGACGGCGGCGAUGCUGGAGGCGACAAGGAAGAAUGGCCUUGCGCAUGUGGAACAAGCAAUUUCGCCAGUCGGCGUAUAUGUUACAAGUGCAAGGAGCCGAAGCCAGGUUGUGAAAACGGUGAAAAUCCAGACGAAAAGCCAAAGCCGUAUGUUCCAGCACCCGAGUUGGAAGGGGCCGAAGCUUUCGAUGACCGUAAACAAUACUAUGAAGGGUCUGGGAUAAAUUUUUCCAAGUACAACGAUAUCAAGUUCGAUGUGACUGGUACCGAUAAGGUAAAAAGCUAUGUUACCUUCGCCGACAUGAAUCUCCGGGAUCUCGUUAAGCAAAACAUAGUAAAGGUUGGAUAUACUACUCCAACGCCCAUUCAACGACAUGCUUCGGCUCAAUUUAUGGCUGGACUUGACGUGAUGGCUUGUGCUCAAACUGGAUCUGGAAAGACGGCGGCAUUUUUGUUGCCAAUCAUCAAUGUGUUGUUGAACAACCAAGGGGAUCUCAAUACGGACACGCAUCCCGUAAAACCUGAGGCGUUGAUUCUGGCUCCAACACGCGAGCUUGCAAUUCAAAUAAGUCGGGAAUCUAGAUUGUAUUCGCAAGAUUCUAUUUUGCGAACUGUCGUUUGUUACGGAGGCACUGCGAUUUUUGCCCAAAAGAGCCAGUUACAGGCCGGGUGCAACAUUAUGGUCGCUACUCCUGGUCGCCUGCUUCAAUUCGUCAACGAGGGUACUAUUAGUUUGGCGAAUGUCCAAUUUUUUGUGCUGGAUGAAGCUGAUCGCAUGUUGGAUAUGGGAUUUAUGACUGACGUGAAAAAGAUUGUAGACACAAUGCCUUCUGUUGACGACCGUGUUAGUGGAAUGUUCAGUGCUACCUUCCAGGACGGAGUACAGAAGGCUGCAGCUGAAUUCUUAAAGAAGAAUUACGUAUUUAUUACCAUUGGAAUUGUGGGCGGGGCUUGUUCGGACGUCGGUCAAGAAUUUUUGCAAGUUGAAAGGUCCGAAAAAAGAGGAAAACUUUUGGAAAUCCUCCGAGACUCGCCAGAAGGUGAAAAAGUGCUAGUAUUUUGCAACAACAAGAAGGGGGCAGAUUUUCUAGCGGCCAGUCUCAGCGCUCAAGGUGUCUCUACGACAUCGAUUCAUGGGGACAGAUUACAAAGUCAACGAGAACAGGCUCUACGAGAAUUUACUCAGGGCAGAAAGAAGGUCCUCGUCGCAACUGCAGUAGCAGCUCGAGGUCUCGACAUUCCUAAGGUAUCUAUCGUGGUGAACUACGAUUUGCCUAAUGAAAUUGACGAGUACGUGCACCGCAUCGGAAGAACUGGUCGCUUAGGUCACACCGGGCGAGCAAUCAGUUUUUAUGAGGACUCGCAAGAUAACGCACUUGCUGCUUCGUUGGUGAGCAUCUUGGAGGGAGCAGGACAAAAUGUUCCCGAGUUCUUCAGUUCAGGCGGAGGUGGUUAUGGUAUCUCCAACGGAAAUUCGGACAUGCGUGAUGGUUCUGAACGGGGCUAUUCAAAACCAGCGGCGGCGGCGAAAUCCGAAGAUGAUGAUGCUUGGGACUAGGAACACCUUUUCCUAAUUCCAGAAUAUGUGACGAUGAAUUUUUUUUACUUCAUGAUUAACUAGUUAGUGUUGGUAGACACAUAUUAUAAUUGAAUGUUUUUGAUUGUUAUUCAAUGAAUUGUUGUACGUGUUUGAUUUUUACGCACAGUAUUACGUUUCAUUGGAAUCUUAAAUUUAGUAUUGAAAUGAAGUUACCUGUGGUAUUUUGUUACUACUUGUUCACGUGGUUGAAAACGAUAAUAAAAUGAAAACUCAAUACUAAUGGGGUCGAAAAGAAA